UUAAGAACAUUUUUUAACACGUCGGCUGUCACGAUGGUCAUCAGUGAUCCAUAUUACUAAAUUUUUUAGAAUGAUUAAAACAUGAUCAAUUUCAUGGACUAAUAAAUGUUUAACCAUGUGAAUGAUUACGAUAACAAAAAAAUGUGUAAAUAUAAUGAUAUAUUGCAAAAAUUAAAUGUUAUGGUGCAGCACAUUGUAACUCCGUUGUAAAGCAAAAUAUACGACAACUACGAAAUGUACUGGCACAUAUCCUUAUUUUCCGUAAAAUAUGGUACUAAAUGAUAAGAAAUUUAUUAUAAUUUAAUCUGAUUAAUCAUAAUAAUAUAUAAAUGAAAUAAUAAACAUAGUGGUGUACAAAUAUAUUUUAUAGCCACUUUAUAAAAUUUGCGUGACAGUCAACGUGUUAAUUAAUGCUAUUAAAUACUAUAUAUUAAUAAUUAUUUUAAUAUUAUUAAUACUUCAUCAAAAAGUUACUUCUUUCAUUUUUUAUAUUGAAAGUAUUUUUCUUGUGGUUCUAAAGCAAUUAAAACUAUUUUAAAGCAUAUCACCUACAUACAAAUACCCUGCUGUAUACCGCUUGAACGCGAUCGUUUUUCGAUCUCGGUCAAACUCGUACGUUCUCGGAACCGUUCACAUUACAACAGUGUUACUGAUAGGUAUCAGCUGUUCUAGUAAAUAAAGGACUGUGUUUCGAUAUGGACAUCGACGAGAGUGUCACACAGCAAAAUCAGGAAAAUAUAAAUGAAGAUGCGAUUAAAUUGGAAGAGAGAAACAAUCGUUUGUCCGAAAGCUCCGAAAGAAAUGAGGACUGGUAUUAUAUGCCGGAUUCCAUUCUCUUGAAUAUUUUUCAAUAUCUAACGCCAAGGGAGUUGACAAUCGCUGGAGAAGUAUGCAAAUCAUGGCACAGAGUUUCGUGCGACGAAUUUCUUUGGAAAGAUCUGCUCUAUCAGACAUAUAAAAUAGAUCCAGACAUCGGCAUUAUGCCAGGGAAGACAUCUUGGUUAGGAGAAUUUAAACGUUUAACGUAUCAUACACCACUGUUAGAAACGGAAGUACUUAAAGAACAUUCUCACCAAGUCUUACAUGUUAGCUUCUCGCACAAUGGAAAGAUGUUUGCCACUUGUUCGAAAGAUGGAUACAUCUUCGUUUGGAAAAGUCAAUAUCCUGUUAGUGUAAAGUACCUUCAUGAUAUGAAAACAUUUAGUUGGAAAUAUACACAGUUUUCGCAAUUCAAUUCUUCAGAUACUUUGUUACUUGUUUCUGGUGUACACUUUGGAACACCUCUGAGCACUUCGGGUGAAAUAGCAGUAUUUAGAUUAGCACCUGGCUUUGGUCUUCAGUGUAGAGUAAUAAAUAAACCUUAUGACAUAUUUGGAACAUGGUACAGUGAACAUUACCUUUUAAGUGGAAAUUUAUGCUGGUUGGCACAUUUAGUUAGUACUAGUCUCCUAUGGCUUAAUAAGGCAAAUCAAGAGACAUCUAGUGAACAUGUGCCUAUUAUGACACAACUGUUUAGAUUUUACAAUGGUAAUGCUUCAUCAGUUCGAGCAAUAAUGGUAGCUAAUUGUUUAACACCUGAACAAACUGAAUCUAGAGAGCAAGAAAAUCAGCCUUCAUCUUCCAAUGUUAAAGAAGAAAGGGGAAAUCCACCAAGCCAUAAAGAUAUUUCAUCUACAUCUUCUAGUGACAAUUUAAAAGAAGAACCAGUUGUCCUUCGUCAUGCAUCAUCCAGAUUACAAUAUAGUACAUUGGAAGGUGGAUUUAUGAAUUGGAAGAAACUUGGUGAUGGUUUUGAAUAUGCUAAUCCUAUACAAUAUAAUCAGGAAUAUAGACAAGUAGAAAUGGAGAAAAAAGCACAGGAAAAUGAUAAAGAAAGCGACAAUUCUCAGUGGGAUGAAGAGAAUGAAUCUGGAGAAUCGUCUAAUACGGAAGAAGGUGAUAAUGAUGAAUUAUCAAAUAAUUGUGAAAAAUAUCUUAUUUUUACAACUGGAUCCAAAACUUACACACCGCAUCAAGUGGGUUUCAAGAGAAUAAAAAAUUUAAAGUUUCCUACACGAUUAGAUCCAGGACCGUCAUUACGUGAAAGAAUAGCACAAAGAGAAAGAGAACGAGAAAGACAGAAUUCUGACGCAUUUUUUACCAAUUGGUUGAAUUAUGAAUCUGUAGCUGAUCAAUUUGAUAAAGUAGAUCACUUAAUUGAUUUGCAUGGACACAUUAUAGGAAUGGGACUUUCUCCAGAUCAUAGAUAUUUGUAUGUAAAUACAAGACCAUGGCCACGAGGUUAUGUUAUUACAAAUCCAUUACAACCUCCUCCAAUAGCUCAAGAAAUCGAUAUACACGUAAUUGAUUUAGUAACAUUAAAACAAGUUGGUACCAUGCUAAGAGCUCAUAAGGCAUAUACACCAAACAAUGAAUGUUUCUUUAUUUUUCUUGAUGUGUGCAAUGAAUAUGUAGCAAGCGGUGCGGAAGAUAAACAUGGCUAUCUCUGGGACAGACAUUAUGGAGUAUGUUUAGCCAAGUUUCCUCAUUCUGAUGUUGUUAAUUCUGUUGCUUUCAAUCCACGUGAUCCUGAAAUGUUAGUUACAACUAGUGACGACUAUACUGUUAAAGUUUGGCGUAGUCGAGCUGUAGUUCGUUCACUGGGACUAAACGAAGAUUCUUUUCGUAGAGGUAUGGAAGUACGUAAUAGGCGAAAGUUUCGAAAAAGUAGUUGUAACGUUGAUUAACUAAAGACUAUUAAGUUCCCAAUUUAAAUUUCUGUUUAGAGUUUUAAAAGAUACAUCAAAUUACAUUACUUCUAUCUUCUAUUUCAAUUUGUAAUAUAUUAAUAUCUCUAUAUGAAUUUACAAAUUCUAUUUUCAAUGAAAUUAGGAUAAAGAACAUAAAUGGUUACAUAUUUACAAAUAUGAUCUAUAGAUGUUUACAUAUUGUUUUAACAAUUAACAAUUAAGCUAUAUAAUAUACAAUAUUGCACAUAUUUUAUUUAUACGACAUUACAUAUUUUUAAUAACUGAAGAAAGAUUUAUUUCUCUUUUACAAUGGCGUUUAUUGAAAUUGAAAUAUUUAUAAUUUGUUUUAUAAGAAAAUCGAAAGCUGCUAGGUAUAACGGAGUUGAUUUGUUUGUGUGAUUUUACUGUUUUUCAGUUUCUAUCUGACUUUGUAUGUACUUAAGGAUAAAUUACCUUCAGAGAUAGGUUGUAUAUUUUUAAACAUUUACAAAGUAUGAGUGUAAGACUCUUCUAAACUUUCAUGACAUAUUUUAAUUGACAAUAUUUCAUGUUUAAAUAAUUUUCUGACUGAUAUCUUUAAAUUAGUUUAGAAUAAGCUUUGAUGGUACACAAGUGUUUAAUAUGUAUAAUUAGCAAUUGCUAACACUGUUUUCAUUAAAAAGUAACAAAAAAUUAAAUGUUACAGUAGUUUUGUGUCUAUAAAAAAAGAUAAAAAAUGAAAAUUUUUUUAUUGUUUUAUAUACAUAUGUACAAAUAUGUAUCAUCAGAACUGUACAAACAACUAUUUAUAAUUAAUAUAUUCUCAGCUAGGAAUUUACUUUAAAUUAGAAUAAAAUCUACAUUUUAAUACCCAUUAUGAUGUAAUAUAAAACUAUUCAAAAUGAAGGUAUUUCAAUCAUAAAGAAAUACAUAUAUGCAAAUAUUAUUAUAGCAAAAAAAUAAUUUAAAGGUAUUAUUUCCUAUCAUAAAUAUUUAACAUAUAUGUAUAUCUGUUCAAUUACUAUAUUAGAACAAGAGAUAUAUGUGUAAUAGGUAUACAAUAUAUAAUCAAAAACUAUUCAAGAAUCGUUGAAAUUUAUAUUAAACGUUAUAAUUAUUUAACAUAUAUGUAUAUCUGUCCAAUUAUUAUAUUAGAACAAGUGAUAUAUGUGUAAUAGGUAUACAAUAUAUAAUCAAAAACUAUUCAAGAAUCGUUGAAAUUUAUAUUAAACGUUAUAAUUAUUUCGUUAAGAAUUUUAAAUCUAUUAAUAAACUUUUACAAUACUUUCAAUAAUAUUUUUGCAAUUCAUGUCUAAAUUACUUCACAACUAUCGAAAAGCUACAAGGUGGUAUGUAUAGUCUAAAUUAAGUAAUAUAAAAAUUAUAGUUAAUUCUACUAUGUUCAACGAAAUAAUGUAUAUAUUUUUGCUUUUGAGUUACUUAGUGGCCACUAUCAUUGACAAAUUCAUUUUCAAUCAUAUGCUAUAUAAACAUUAAAUCAUGUAACAAUGAUUAACCAUACUAUUAAUAAAAGUUUAUAUUUUC